AUUUCGAGACUAUAUACAUAAACCAAACAUGGCUGGUUUGUGCAAAUCGCUUAGGGGAUUGACUUUAUGCCCGGCUGUGUCUUCAGUCCAUAAACUGAGUACCAUAUCAUUAACUGACAGGUUCGGAAAAAAUUAUUUCAGUUUAUAUUGCAUUCAUCAAUUUAAAAAAAAUAAAUAGUUAAUGAUGCAUUAUUAAAUACAUGCAAACUUUUAAGUUUGUUUACUGUAACAGUUAUAAUGCCAGUCAAUAUGAUUCUAUUGUCAUCUUUAUCUCUACUCUGUUGACCUUGACCCUGAAUUUUUAAAAGUAUUUUCUUAAGACACUACUAAGUACUUCCAUGAUUGGCUUAUAAUAUAAUCGUGAAAGGGGUUCAGAAAUAAUUUUUGAGUUUUCUACUUAUGUUAAUAGAACUAAUCCCAGGACAAAUUUUAAGUCAGAUUGAAAAUUACUAAUUAGGCUUAGACCUAGACUUAAGUCCCCUGAUUUAUAUUUAUACUUUAACUAAUAGUUAUAUUUUAUAGAAAUUAGUUUUAGGUGAUUGGGAUUUUUUUUGGGGGGGUGUGGGGGCUGAUGUUUAUAUUAUUAGUCAUUAAAUUAAAUAGUUAGGCCUUGUUAUCUUUUUAAAAACAGUUAAUCAAUGUCAAUAUGUUUUGUAGUCCUUUUUAUAGAAUAGGUAUAGUAUAAUCAGGUUUAGACAAUUUCAACAAUUAGACUAAUUAGAACUUUAACUUUUAGACCUAGGCCUAGAUUGAAAAGACUAGAACUAGAAUUAGAAUAGGCUCUAUCUCUAUCAGACUUCAUGAUAAAGAUAAUAAACUUAUAAUAUAAAGGAAUAAUGGGUAAUAACUAAUAGUGAACUGAUUGUAGGGAUUGACUUACCUCACAGUUAGCACUACAAAAACUCUAGUCUGUGGUCUUGUUCUCUCUUGUCUUGACUAUUGCAACUCUCUUCUGUUAGGUUCACCAAAACACUGCAUAGAAAAACUUCAGAAAGUUCAAAACUCAGCUGCUAGGCUAGUUCUAAAGGCAAAAUAUGUGAUCAUGUCACUCCACUACUCCACUCCCUUCAUUGACUCCCUAUACAGGCACGCAUUGACUACAAGCUGUCUGUUCUCUGUCACAACUUUUUCUCGGAUUCCUGCCCUUCCUAUCUAACCAAACUUCUUUCUAUCUAUUCAUCCCUCCAACAGCUUUGCUCCUCCGCAGACACACAUAUUCUGUCCGUUCCCAAGACACACACUAAAACAUACGGCGAACGAUCUUUUUCUUUCUGCGCCCCCAAACAAUGGAAUUCUUUGCCACUACACAUCCGCAAUAUACCUGCCACCCAGGCCUUCAAAACUGCACUCAAAACACAUCUCUUUAAACUACACUACCCUGACAGAUUCCCCUCCUCUGACUGAUAAACGAUCCUGCUGGCUGCCCUCAAUGGUUUGCUAUGUAAAAGUUCUGGGGUGGGGUGGGUGAAUAUACAUUUGUUUUUGUUGUUUUGGUUACACGCUGUUCUUUAUUUCAUAAAUUUAUUUUAUUUUAAUGUCAUGAUUAUGCCUCUUUUGCUAAUAUUUUUAUUUACAGCGCGGUGAGCCCAGCCCUAGGCUGGGUUACUGCGCUAUGUAAGACCACUAAUUAUUAUUAUUAUUAUUUCAUUACCGCUGAAUUCAAUGCGGCAUUAUGAUCACCCACUUUCAAUUACCAAGGACGUCACAUUGUCAUCUUAACAAGAGGCAAAGCACUUUUCUGAAUUACUGAGGACAAGUGAUGUCACAAUUUAAAUGCUAAAUAUUUCUUGUAUUCUUCAAUUUAUAGAGAAGUUAAUAAGCGAAUCGAAAAGAGAAUGAAAAAAUAUGGAAGUUUCUUCUUUGAGUUUUUAACUGCGGGCAUUAACAUUAAUGACGGUGAUUUCUUGUAUAUUUACAAAUAAUGCAAUCCAGCUUGGUAUUUCAAAGUGGGUGAAAGGCCAAAAUUUGCAGAGUCAGCAAAAAUGUAUACCCAAAAACCAGCGGUAAUUAAUACCUAUUUUAUUUAGGCAUAGGCCUUUUAUUUUUAAUGAAGUGCAACAGUUACAUUAACUCUGACUUUGCCAGUACAGUAUAUGACAGUCCAGUCUACAUUUAUAAGUACGUUUAAAGUAUGUGUGUUAUUAAAUAGACUACACAAUAUGCCUAUUAUUACUUCAUUUCUUUUACUAUUUUUAUCUGUCAAAGCAAAUUUUGUUAUUGUUAAUUUUUAUUUAAUGUUGUCCUGUAGUUUGAGGAGUAAAAGAUUUUCAUACCUGAUCAUAUUUUUAACUAACUUCCACCGGCUGAAUGAAAACUGGGGUGGGGGGAGGCCUGUCGGGCAUGAUUUGGACAAUGUCCGGUUGAUAGUAUUAUAAAAAAAAUUUUUUAACAUGUCAACAACUCUUUCUUUCAAAACACAGAUUUCGCUACGUGCACACCUCUGCCUUACUGAAAAAAGAUCAUGACUCUGAUGAGGACAGUGCCAAAGGGUGGUUUAGCAGGCUUAAGAAAACUGCACAGCCUGAACAAUCACACUCUAUGGCACUUUCUAGUAAAGAAACUGUUUAUGAAAUUCAAUGUAAGGAGGUGCAAAGGUUGUUUUAAUAAAUUCAUUUUGUCCACUUUUUAAUGAUGCUCAUUUUAGCUGACAUGUAAUUUCAGUGACACAAAGAUAUAAUUUUACUUAAGCUUGCACGAAUGAAAGGCUAGUCAUUUGGAUGAAACAUCUACUUGCAAAAGUCAUAACAAUUAUACAUAUUAAAAACGAACAUCUCAAGAAAAUCAAUUGUUGCGCAUAAAUUACCUAGCAACCUUCAAAUCUACUUCGAUCGGCCUAGUGCCACCUGAGAAUAGUAAAAACUCUUUAAAUUGCUGAGUUAGUGCACAUAUGCUGAAGACAAGUGUCUCCAUUAUCCACAGACCAGAAGCAAGUGUGACCUCUCAUUGGUUUUUUGCUUUACGACAAUCCUGGCAUUUCGCCAUUGUUAAUUAUGUAGUCUGCUGAUGAAAAGUUACAGUUACAUGAUACAGUAACGAAGAAAAAAAAUCUUGCUUUUUGAACAAUAAAUUUAAGUCUUUAUCAUUAGAUUGAGAUUUAUCAAUGCUUGUUCCAUGAAAAUUUUAAUCAAAUAAUAAUUAUUUUGUGUGUUUCUUUGCCUUGAUUAGUUCAUGCUGUGAAGCCAGAAUUUAUGGAAGAAUACAUAAAUCAAUUGUAAGUACCUGUCAUUAAGUUAUUUUUAUACCUUUUAAAAGUAAAAUCUGGAGAAAACAAUUGUAUAUUUAGCAGGAUUUAUUAUUAUUAUUUUAUAUCUUCCAUUUAUUUAUUUAUGUAAAAACUGGUAUUCUUGGACUUGUGAUAGAUUUUUUUUUAUUCAUUUCAUUUUUUUAGUUCCACCUUCCAGAAGCUGAUGAAAGAAAAGGGUACUGGGUCUGAACUUGUUGGCAGCUUUACUGUUGAAAUAGGGGAUCAAGAUGAAGCAGGUAAAUGUUUAUUCAUUACUAAUUUUGAAACAUCUAUUGAAUAAAUUUAUUAGACACUAUGACUACUUAUUUUUGAUUAGAUAUUCCAGUUGGUGAGGUCAAAUAUAUUAUUUUGAAUUGCUGAAACACAUUUUUAAAUAUUAUAUCAAUUUUUUUUUUUUAAGAUUACCAUUUCAAGUGAAUGAAUAAGAAUUUUGAUGAAAAGCAAAGUUGUUCAAUAUACAAUUUUGGAACGUUUGCUUUUUUAAAAAUUCUUAUAUCGCUUGCAUAUAUCAAUCAGAAAGUCUUGGUAUUGUUGAUGCCUUAAUAAUAACAUACAUUUUUUUUUUUCAUAUUGUCUUCUAUCUACAGUUCACAUCUGGCAGUAUCCUGGAGGCUAUCCUGUAUUAAACACAGCAAACACCAUCUAUAGGACGGAUGCUGUGAGUCUGAUAGUUGGAUUAUAUUCUAAAACGUAUGGAAGAUACAAAAUCUUGAUGAAUGUUAACUAGGGGUUCAGUUCAGUAGGUCAAAAGUUUUGAUGAAAACAGUUUUCAUCCUAAAUUGUUUUUGUUUUUUCUUUCAGGACUUUAAAGAAUUUCGCAAGAAGAGAAAUAUGAUGUUGCGUUCAAGAAGAAACCAAAUAGUUUUAGCUUUCAGUUUUUGGCCACCUAUCCAGCCGAGACCACCAAGUAAUAUAUAUGAACUCAGGAGCUAUACACUUAAGGUCAGUUCACAAAGUGUAACAACCUUUGCUGUGGAUUCAGUAUUUCAGAUGAGUUUCCCACUUAUUUUCAGUUUCCAGGUUACUGUUAUCUUAAAUUUCUAGCAUUUGUUCUGAUUUUUUAACAAUGUCGAUACUACUAUUAUUGCCUGUGUUUAUCUACGGCAAUUGUCAACAACAAUACUGGUAGGACUAAUUCACAGUAAUGCCUUUGCUGGGUGGCCGAGCGGUCUAAAUUGAGUCAAUCCCAAACUAUUGGAGUGGAAGUUCAGUCCCCAGAAAAAUGCCUUGACAAGUAAAAAUAUAACCAGCCCACUGGGUGGAUGAGACUCUUUAACCUUGGAUGGAAAUUCAUCUAAGAGAUGGCAAACUCUGAAAUCAAACCAGGAGAUGGAGUCCUGCUGGUCAUCUACUGCAUUCUGGUCUAUUUCCAUUCAUCUUGGAUCAGAUAGGCAAGGAUGAGAGAGUGAGGCUGACAAAUUGAGCAACUUUCCCUCACUUAAAACAAAAUACAGCUCAAGUCAACUCAAGUAAAAAAAUUGCCUUGGUCAUCUUCAAGUGCGAAAGACGACCAACAUUAUUUUAGUAUAAAACACUUAAUAAGUUAAUACCCAUUUUAAAAAAAAAAUUGUGAAUCAUUUCUCCUUAACUGCAUUCAUUCUAAUGACUCUACUACUUUCUUACUGUUUUUCUAACAUACUUAAGAUAGCAGUGGUUCAUCAUCAAAUUUUUUAAUAUUUUAGAAGCAUUAAUUACAAUAUUAGCCAGAGAGUUUGCCAAUCGCCAUUUGAAUGGUCAUGACUUUUCAUUUUAAAAACUGUACAGUGUGAUUAAAGCAACAAAAUGACUCAUGAUACUUAAUUAUGUUAUUUUUGCAAUGAAAAUCAUUUGCUGAAAGGUCUGAAAGUAUCUAGUACACACCAGUUAAAACAUCAAUUUUUUAAUUUCUUAGUCCACCUUUCACAGCUGGCAGCAUUAUACCAAAAUAUGUAUUUUUUUUAAAUUCUAAUAUUUUAAAUAAUAUAAUUUUUCAAUUCAAUAAUGUAAGCCUUCUCCACUAAACUGUUUCCUGCAUAAAUGUUUUCAUUUUUGUGAGCCCUGUGCUGAGCUGAAGUAUCAUAAUAAUAUAGUGGUUAGUUAUAUGAUGUGCAUUGUGGAUUUAAUGUGUUGAAAAUUGUUUUCAUUAAAAUACACCCAUGUUAUUAUUUCAUUACAGCCUGGAACCAUGUAUGAAUGGGGAAACUGCUGGUAAGUUGUGAAUUGUAACCUAGCAUUUUAAAUAUAUCUGUAGUAGCUGACAGAGCAUACAGCUCAUGGUGCCAUCAAGUGGGAGCUCUGGUUGGCUUAAUAUUUUUUUUUUUUUAAAUGUCAUUUGGUAACAGUAAAUGAUUUUUUUAAAAACCCCUCAACUGUUCCCCAGUUCUGGUGCAGGAUCUUUUUCACAUCUGUUUGACUUUGUUUUUCUCAUUUUUCCCUCUUUACCCAUCAGGGCCAAUGGCAUAAAGUUUCGUGAAACUAACAAUGAGCCCGUGGCUGGGUUUUUUACCCAGAUAGGCAAUGUAUACAGCUGUGAGCACAUCUGGGGUAAGUGAGGAAGCCUUGAAGAUUCAACCGUGAUGCUGGACGAUGCAAUCGGUUCAUCACGUGUAGCCGUUGUAGUGCCUUCAUGUGUCUUCUCAACCACUCACAUUGCAGUUCAUACGUAGUCCAUUAACAUAUGUGUGAGAUGAGGUUUUCAACUGACUCGGCAUUGAGUUGGAUUGCAUGCAUCAACUUAUUUCUUUCCAGUCUAUUUCCUAGCUUACUUGGAUGUCUUUGUUUGGCGGCCUUGGUUUUCUACCAGUUUUGCAACAACGCUAAAGUUGCUUGUGAUUUUUUAUUAUUUAAUGAAGUUUGUUCUCAAGUGGUGAACAGCAGUUGCAUGUGAGAGACUACCAGACUUUACAUCUGAAGUUGAUUUAUUUAUAAAAUACAAAUGAUAUUGAACAUUUGACGUCAUCGACAAGUAAAAAAGGCUAUAAUAACAAAAAAGACAAUAUUAAAAUAAAUGUCUUCAAAAUGUUUAACUCAUAAAAGAGUCAAGAUGUCCCCUUUAUCAUUACAAAAGACAGCUACUUAAAAGUCCAAAAUAAAAAUUUAAGUCAAGUUUUUUUGUUUUUUUUUUAAACAUAUUUACUGAUAUUUUUUUUAUAUGAAUGUGAUUUUUAAAAAAAAAAUUAUUUUAUGUCUGCAUUUUUAUUCCAGUUAAUAGUUACUAAAUUGGUGGCCUUUUGCAUCAUUGUGUGCUAACAUUCAUUUGCAUCUCUUCACUUGGUGUUAGAAGAAUAACUGCUGCACCUCUUAAUAUUUUUCUCUACAGCUUGACACCAUCUCCCCUGAACUUCUGUAGGGGCAACAAUCGAUAUCCAUUGCGUGUGCAUAACCUUAGCAGAAAUAUGAGUACUGGUUUGAUGAGGGGGGAUAAAUUCAAAAUUGAUUAACAUUUUAAAGGCAUUACCGAGAUUUCUUAUUUUCUCCCAAAGGGCUAGGGGACUGCAAUAUAGGAAGACAGAAAAAAAUGAACCAGUAGCAGGAUUGUUUUCUCAAAUAGGGGAACAAUACAAUGUGCACCACAUAUGGGGUAUGUACUUCUAUGCUACUUAAUAAGAUCAUUGAACCAGAGCCUCUCUACCUGCAAAUCCAGACUUCUAUGUAAUUAAGUGGUUUGCCUAAAUAUAUAAUGAAUCACUCUUUCAAAUACAUUUCCCUCUUGCCUAUACUUAGUGUGCUUCCUUCAUUUAUUUCUUCCCCCUGCUCUCGAGUUAUAAUCUUAAACUCAUUAUUUUCUCACUAAUGAACAAUUAUGUGCACAUUUUUGUUUAUUAAAUUUUUUCCUAUGAACUAAAUAAAUAUCUUGUGAUUUUAAGUCUCAUUAAAUCCCUGGGUCCAUUUUAAAUUUUAAAAAUUAUUUUUUAUGAAUUAUAGUCCAUAGUCUUAAAUGGGGAUUUUUAUGGGUAGUUGAUCAGAUUUGAAUACCAGUUAAAUGCUUGAUAAGAAACUAGACUAGAUUAAAAAAGGAAACUGAACCCUGUAAUUUGUAAAAAAAAGAUUUUAAGUGUUUAAAUUGUGGAUUAAUAUUGACUUAACAGACACAAAAACUUUUUCAUGAGUGAAGCAUUUAAUAAAAAUGAAGAACUUUGCUGGUACUUUUUUUAGAUUGCUUUUGUUACUAAAAAUAACAUUUGUAUGUAUUGUUAAUUAUUGCAGUUCAGUGCAAGAAAUGAGCACAAAUAAUAUGACAACAGGUUGAAAAAUACAAUAUUCCAUGAUAAAUUAUAUUUUUUAUUCAUGACCUGGUGUGCUUGAGAUUACCCCAUGAACUAAUCGUUCUCAGUAGUUGGUUUACUUCAUGUCAUUGCUGCUACUGCAAAUAGUUUUCAGACGACACUGUAAAAUGAGACUGGGAACACCAUUUUAUUCAUUGAACAAUGCAUCAGCUGUAUUCAUUGAACAAUGCAUCAGAGGUAUUCAUUGAACAAUCCUAAUAGUCUCAGACGACACUGUAAAAUGAGACUGGGAACACCAUUUUAUUAAUUGAACAAUGCAUCAGAGGUAUUCAUUGAACAAUCCUAAUAGUCCCCCACCCCCUCUCUCCCAUUUAGUCACAUCAGUAAUCAGUGUGACCUUUGAUCAUUUAAUCUUUCUAUGCUUUAACUUGAUUUAUUUAAAUUAAGCGUUCAAUUUUUUGUAGGGUUUUUUUUUUGUUUUUUUUUUUGAGAAGAGAGGGGAUCCUUUUAGUGUUGAUAUUCCUACUGGUUAAGUGAUAGUGCAGGUAACAUUCAAUUGGAACAUUCUGUGUGUGUGUUUACAGCUUAUAAAGAUCUGCAAACAAGAAAAGAAACCAGGGAAGCUGCAUGGAACAGGCCUGGCUGGGAUAAAUGUGUGGAGUACACAGGUGAGCUGACAUUUGAGUUCUGAUGUGUUUCUUCCAUGGGUUUAGGGUGGGAACAUGUCGAAGCUUCUUCAAACUGGACAUAUUGCCGUUACAUCUGGCCCGUGUGCUGUUAGCUGAAGGGAAUUUUAAAAUAAUUUCAGUCGGCAGAAUCCCUUUCGUGUGUGACCUCACACCAUCAUUUCACCAUUCCUUUCGUGUGUAUCUCUCAAAUCUUGAGCUAUUUUUUAAAUUUAAUUUCCCUAUAAUAAAAAGAACACUAAUUAAAACACAAGAGACAAAAAUUAAAUUUUGGUUUCUCUACGAAGUAAUUAUUUUUUUAAUGUGGUUAACCAACUAAACUGCUAAAACCUGGUAAGAUUUGGUUGCAUGUCAUUUACAAGGUGUAAAUAUGUGUAAUUUUUCACCAGUUCCACUGAUUCGACACAUGAAGUCAAGGAUCCUCAUCCCAACACCGUUUUCCCCCUUGCAGUAAAUGGUUUUAAAACAGUAUGGCAAAUGUGGAUGGGGCUGCUGGAAACCAGGGCUUCAAUGACAAGUUUUAUCUGAUUCUGUUUAUGAGAUUAUGACGUGACUGCCAGACUAGAUCAGGAUGAGUGAAUUAAAAAAAAACUAUAUAUAUUUUUUGUGUGCCCGAUUUCAUCUAAUACCUAAUACAUUUACAAAUAUUAUGUAUGAAUGUUAGCUGGCAGUGAUAUUUGACUUACGCUCAUUCACUUGGUCAGCGUUUUCUUUUCGAAAUUAAAAAAUGUUUGAAAGUAUUUAAUUGUGCUUCAGCCCUCAUUCUGGAAGAUGUUUAAAUUAAACUCCUUAUUCUUAAAAAUUAUUGAAAGAAGAUUAUUAUGCAGUUAUACUUUUCUAUUUUUAACUCUACAGUAAAAUAAAUGGUGAGAGUGUGCGUUCAUGUUAAUGUUCAUUUUAGAUGGAUCUAGGAUACUAGGACUAUAUGAGCAUAUGCAAGCUAGAACUAGAACCAAAACUUGUAUUUGUGAUUUAAGUGAUUUGUACAUUCAGCGCAUACAGAUUUAUAUUUAUCAUUUGUUGAGUUACUGCAUUGGUGUGCUUGGUUUUAUUCCUGUAAUAUUACAAAGCAUCUUUGCAAUGCUAAAAUUUUGUAGGGUUUUUUUUGUUUGGUUUUUUUUCAGUUCUUAAAUUUUAUAAGAGGAAGUUGUUAAAAUAAUGUUUUAACAUGGCUGUAAUGUACACUAUGACAUUUUGAAACUGUUAUUUAAAAAAUACUAUCACCUUAGAUACGAAUAAAAGGAUUAAUGAUAAUGAACUCAUUUGUUUCAAGUUAUUUUUUUUAAAUUUAAGUUUGCAAGGUCAAAAUCUUUAAAAUGCUAUUUACUUCUAAUUUAAUAAAUGUAAUGUACUUUUUUUCUAUUAGGUAGAUUAGGUACACGAGCGAAUAACUUUAUUUUCGGGGAGAAGAUUGUAUUGGGUUGGUGAAUAUCAUUUCCGCUUUCAUAUCAUUUUAUGUUGUCAUGGUUUGGCUGAGUUAACAUGGAUUGCAUGACGUUACCGUGAUUUGAGAAAUCAUUCAGGGUAAAAGUAUACAUUU